AUGAAAGAAAAUCCCAACCGCAUUCUCUCCAUACUCACUGCACGCUAUUAUUUUGCAGGUCUCUGGUGUGGACUAUUGCUUUGUGCGUCUGUACAAUCCAUUAUUUUUCUGACAGUGAUUUGCAAACUCGACUGGAAGAAAACUGCCAAUCAGGCUCAGAUUAACGCAGGGACAAUGAGAGGAUUGGGUACCUCAGACAGCACCUCUGGUGGUCAAGCGAAAGAUCUCUCAACAGAGGAGGACACAGGAAACAAUGCUGUGGUUCUGAUGUCCAGUGUUUCACAAUUGGAACCACAUGUGGACAAGGACCAGGUGACGGAUGAAUCUUCAUUUUUGGAAACUGGAGUUACCACAGUCGGAGAAAUCCUGUCCACAAAGCAACUGAUCAUUCGCCGUGGCCUAGCCUUCCUUUCAGGACCCCUGAUCCUGGCCAUUGGACUGAUGAUACACUUCAUUCUCGCAAAGGACAUGUAGACCCCAGUGACCAAUGGAGAGACUGAGCACAGUUACUCACUGCAAUAGGAAUAAUGAGAGUGUGACAGAGGCUAAAGUUCAUAUAAAAUCUGUCUGCU